GGACCUGCCUGGGGCUCCAAGGAGAAGUGCUUCACCAAGAUGUACACUGCGAGUGGGGAGUGCUGCAAAGCCUGCAACCUGGGGGAAGGGGUGGUGCAGCCCUGCGGGGUGAACCAGACCGUCUGCGAGCCCUGCCUGGACAGCAUCACCUACUCGGACACGGUGAGUGCCACGGAGCCGUGCAAGCCCUGCACGCAGUGCGUGGGGCUGCAGAGCAUGUCUGCCCCCUGCGUGGAGUCGGACGACGCCGUGUGCCGCUGCGCCUACGGCUACUACCAGGACGAGGCGAGCGGGAGCUGCAGGGAAUGCCGGGUGUGCGAGGUGGGCUUCGGCCUCAUGUUCCCCUGCAAGGACUCGCAGGACACAGUCUGUGAGGAAUGUCCUGAGGGCACUUUCUCCAGCGAAGCCAACUUCGUGGACCCCUGCCUGCCCUGCACGACCUGCGAGGAGAAUGAGGUGCUGGUGAAGGAGUGCACGGCCGUCUCGGACGCUGAGUGCAGAG